GUGACCCACGUGCCUUCGCUGUGGGGUUCCCUGGGCUCUCGGCAACUUUUCAUUCCUCCCUCUUCCCUCUCAGCCCCUCCCCUCGGCAGUUGGCGGAUUUUGGGGUUGUGUUUUGGGGAAGCGUGAGCCCCUGCGGGCCGUGGACUAGCAAAUCUGACGGUUGCCUUCUACGUGCUGGGCCGAGAUGGAUCCGCUCAGGGCCCAACAGUUGGCAGCGGAGCUGGAGGUGGAGAUGAUGGCUGACAUGUACAACAGAAUGACCAGUGCCUGCCACCGGAAGUGUGUGCCCCCCCACUACAAGGAAGCAGAGCUGUCUAAGGGCGAGUCUGUGUGCCUGGACCGGUGUGUCUCCAAGUAUCUGGACAUCCACGAGCGUAUGGGCAAGAAGUUGACCGAGUUGUCUAUGCAGGAUGAGGAGCUGAUGAAGAGGGUGCAGCAGAGCUCUGGACCUGCCUGAGGCCCCAGACAGCAUACACCCGGGUGCACUUUGCCCCUUUCCUCUUGUCUGAUGAAAGUGCCCCUGGUGGGUGUCAUAUAUGAAGGCUGCCAUACCUGGGCUUUCUGGAGCAUCUCCAGGGGCUCCAGGUGUGGUAGAGCUCUCUCCUGAUUGAAGAAGGGGUGUUUGUCACACUGGUAUGUGACUGUGUGUAUACUGUAUAUAUAUUAAAACAAAUGUGUUGACAACA